AUGGCAUCACCUUUACAGAAAGCUCAAACGCAUGAUGACCGAGUGCAUGGAUCUCGCAAAGUGAAAGUCACUAUUUUGGCAUCUGAAUGGGGACCAAGUAACAGGGGGCUUUCUACCAUUAACAGAGAAUUAGCCAUUCAGUUAGCCAAGUUCCCUGAAUUGGAAAUAACUUUCUUUUUACCAAAAUGCAGUCAAGAGGACAAAAACGUAGCCCUUGACCACAAAGUAAAGAUCGUAGAGGCAACGCCACUUCCUUGUUUUGAACAGCUUGAUUGGCUUUGCUUUCCACCAGACGAUUUGGAAAUCGACAUAGUUGUUGGUCAUGGAGUUAAACUUGGUAAACAAGCGCAGAUCAUUAAGAAAUAUAAAACGUGCAAAUGGGUUCAAGUGGUGCACACAGACCCUGAGGAACGUGGGAUGUUUAAAAGCUCUUCCUGCCCAAUUUCAAAGGGUGAAGAAAAGCACAAGAACGAAGUAGGACUGUGUGAAAUGGCUGAUCAUGUUGUAGGAGUUGGACCCAAGUUGAGCGAGGCCUUUCGCUCAUAUCUUUCUGGUUGUAAUAAAGAUGGUAAUGUAUUUGAACUCACUCCUGGAGUAUUUGAAGAGUUUGAGACUGUAAAGCAAGUCAGCCGAAGCGAUAGGCAACAACGCAGAGUCUUGGUGUUUGGUCGUGGAGCCGUAGAAGAUUUUGAAUUAGAGGGAUUUGACAUCGCUGGGAAAGCGAUUGCUGCAUUACAAGAUACCCGUCUUGUUUUUGUUGGGGCACGGGAUGGAAAACGCGAAGAAAUUGCGAAUCGGUUAAUGGAGUAUGGUGUUCCUGCAAGUCGAUUGAACGUAAAAGGAUUUGAUCGAGACCGAGAGAGUUUCAAGCGCUUAUUGCAACAAGCGGAUCUUGCAGUCAUGCCUUCAAGAACAGAGGGAUUUGGUUUAACAGGACUCGAGGCAAUGUCGGCUGGUCUCCCUGUGCUUGUCAGUCGCAACUCUGGCUUUGGAGAAGCACUACGCAGUGCAGCUUUUGGUUCAGCAUUUGUGAUUGAGUCAGAGGACCCCACAGUGUGGACCGCAGCCAUUGAAAAGAUCUUGAACAAGGACAGGGAAUGUCGACUUGAGGAAGCGGUGAACUUGCGUGAUUCCUAUGGCAGGAAAUACAACUGGGCCAAACACAUAAAGGAGUUAGUUGAGAAGAUGAUCAGCCUGACUCACGGUGGGAAUGUCAUCUAUAUUUUCUUCAGUGGCACAUUAUAGUGCCGUAGCAUGGGGAGGCGGGGGGGGGGGGGCAAUAAUUUUGACAGGCAUGUUUAAUUUGGUGAGCAGCCACGCUCUUCACGCUGCUCUUUGAGUCUUCUUUGGUUCAAUGUGUUUAUUUCGGUUCGAUAAAGCCGUUAGCGUGAAAGUUAUUUAUUUAUGGCUUCAACGGUUAAAAAUUGCUUGAAACUAUAUUUCAAAAUCUUCCGGGGGAGCAUGCCCCAGGACCCCCCUAGCAACUAUAAAAGCCUUCGGCACUCGUGAUUGCCCCCACCCCCCCACCCAAAAAAAAAAAAACCAAAACAUCACCACCUCGACCAGAAAAUAAACACCCAAAACGCUGAUAACAUGGUUUGUGCGAAGUUUUUUUUUAUAUGCACCAGGCAGCAAAAAAUAGUUACGAAAAACAUUUAAAAAUCUCCGGGGGAGCGCGCCCCCGGCCCCCCCCCACAACAAAAAAAACCCUCGCCCUCCGCUGUUGUCCCCCCCCCCCCCCCAAAAAAAAAAAAAAAUCUAACCUUGCUACGGCACUGCAUUAUCAGGUAACGAUAGAGAGAGAAAUGAAAAGAAACAAAUAAAGGAUCGCUUACAACGAAGUUUUGCCCUGAAGUCUUGAUAAAAAUGUUUGCGGAUACCUAUCUGAGCCUUACGCUCAAAACAUCAAAACUGUAACGUUUGUAACUUCUUCAGGUACAUUGUUUUCAGCAGAAUGGUCUGUGGAGUAUGGUGUUUGAUCCCCGUCAAAAAUCAACUUUGGUACUCAACAUUCAACUUGAGCGGCUAACAAUGCGAAAUCUUGACCUCGUUGUGCGGACAGCGUAAAAUUUCCGCCAAAAUGUACCCAUCGCGUCUGAUACGAGUUCAAUAUCUUUUCAACAUCUGACUACAAAAAAAGAUGAUCAGAUUUAUAUAUAACGCCGAGCACUGAAUACUGAAAUUGCAAAGUUGGUUUUUGGUUUCUCAAGUUGAAUGUUGGUUGCACAACUUACAUGUUGUGUAGCCUGCGUAGCAAGCGUUUCCGUGCGGUUUAGGAGCAAAGAACGAGGAACGAGAGUCAAAGACCGUGCGAAAAAUGGUGCAAGUUAAAGAGCCACUUUCAUUUUUUGGCUCUUGUUUCAUUUCUCGCGCGACCAAAACCGAGAACCCCGUUCCUCGGUCUUUCUUUGUUCCGAAACCAAACGGAAACGCUUGCUACGCAGGCUAGAUGUUGUGUAUUUUAGAAUAAUGCUGCGCGCUCAAUUUUCAAGAAUGCGUGAUCAUGUUAAAUGUUGAGAGUUUAAGUUGAAUUAUUAACUUUGAAUGUUGAAACGUGAAGUUGAAAGUUGGGUGCUACAACUUAAUGUUAGCCGCUCAAUUUGAAUGUUGAGUACUACGGAGAGCGGUCGUCAGACCUUUCGGUCAUAGUCUUUAUCUUUAGCACUUCACAUUUAUGUUUAUCGUUAUACACACAUAAUCCCUGCAAUAGCAUGUUUUCUCCAUUUUGUUGCAACAGAAGAUUCUCCAAAGGCCCGGAGCUCCUUCGAAACAAAGUGCAACGCUUUUCUGAGGAUGGAAAGCAUGACUGACGACCAUGAAGGUACCUUCGUAGACAGCACGCGUAGAAAUCAUUUCUGUCUAUUUUUAACCAAGUGUGAGAAGCGCGAGAGCGAGCAAAAAAUAGAGACAGGGGGAGAGAGAGAAAACGCCGGCCGCUGAGCUUCUAUCCUAGGAAUACACAACCUAAUAUAAUCUCAAUUGAACAAGUGUCUGAAGUCCAAUUAUGUUGUUUGCAAAGCAAAAUUUGGUAGAAUCGAGUCACUUUAAAGUUGCAAACACUUUUCACGCACUUCAAUAGGUCUGGGUUUUUCCUGAUAUUUCAAUGUCACAUAGUAGCCUGUCAUCACUCUACAAUGACUUACAGCACAAGCGAAGAAUAUGAGGAUGAUUAUACCUAGAAAAGUGCUUUUAUUUUACCAAAUGAGCUCGCUGACAGAGAACGUACAUGUACGAGAGAAUCGUGAGAAACAUUUCACUGAUCUUUAACGAAUUUAGAGUUGCUCUGUUGUGAUUUCUGUGCAAUUAUUAUGGCCAACAAGGAAGGAAUGGGCACACCUGGAAUUCAAAGAGAUUAUAAUUGUAACCAAAGCUUAUUUUUGCAGAGCCUUCUAUAGAAAUUGAAAACAACCAAAGAACAAACUCUUAUCACGACGAGCAGCUUGUUUCAGAAACGUCCCUUCCGCGUAGUUCUGACUGUGUAACGAAAGCUGAUGCUGCAUCAGGAAAUCCAACUAAAAUAUCCACGAAUACAGACUCUCAGUCUCAAAAUAGCCGUAAGCGUAAAAUGUCAGAAUUCGCUUGUAAUCCAGGUACGCAAAAACAUGACUUGUUUUUCUUGCUAUUACUCAUCAGUACACUACUGUUUUUGAAGGGGGAAGUGAUUGUUAGAUUAUUCAAAGGUACUUUUUCCUACAGGACUUGUUACAGUUUAUGCUCGUACUAUAGAAGUGUAUUAUUGAUGAUAAUAAACUAUAGUGCCGGUAUCAAUAGUCGCAUGAUACUCGCCAUUUUCUUCAGCGGUUAUAAAAAAUUAUUUUGAAUAAAUAAUAAAUAAAUAAAUUUAUAAAUAUGCAAAAAAAUAUAAAUAUAUCAAACACUAAAAUUAUAAAAAUUACUUUGGUUACUUUAACUGUGCAAACUGAAUAAAACCUACCAAAAACGAGUAAUGAAAUUGCAUCUUAUUACGUGUAAGGGCUUUCUGGAAUGAAUUGUCUUGAGUGCCUUCUUAAAAAAUGACAACUGAGGGGCUUCUCCGUAUCGCGAAAAAAACCAAAUGCCAAAGUUUGGGAGCAGCAACAGCAAAAAAGCGAUCUCCUAAUGUGGUUGAAGUCCUGUCUCCAUUAUCCCAUUUAAAAUAUCUUAGUGACAAAUAUUUUCAAAAACAUGUGCGAACAGGUUGUGUUAUUUUGCAAAUUGUAUCUUACAUCGAAUUGCUAUAAACGUUAACAUUCUAUUGACAUUCAAGUAUGCAGCUAAUAAAUUGUGAAUCUGUGAUAACACCCUAACUAAGUUGCCUUGUGGCGGCUCUUUGUGGGUGAGGUUUUUAAACCUCUUUGGCUAUGGUUGAGUCGCCUGAGUAGACAUUCAGUAAUGAUGAGUACCCUGACGAGAGCCGUCUCUUAAAUUCAGGUACUUCAAGUGAGGAGAGCGGAACCCUUUUUUAAAAAAGCAUGUGUCCUCCAUGAUAGCUAGGCAUGAAGGUGCAUCUUCCCUGAGGAGGGAACCUCUCACGUAACAGUAAAGAUUAUAUUAACAACGUAAAUUUGUGUAAGUAGGUAAAUAAAUAAGUGUUAAGUUAUUGUGCAUACUAAAUGUUUUGCUAUAGUUUUAAAAACAUGUAACUUUCCUCUUAUUGAUUUUCAGACUCUGUUGUUAUUACUGCCUUGAUCGAAGUUCUAAUUUCUUGGAAUACCCACGAUUUAACUGUUGCACAACAAAGAAUAUUAAAAGAGGAAUUAGAACAGUCGGUUCAUAAGUAUCGAAGACACCAAGAUCUUUCGUCAUCGCCAGUUGAUAGUAGUGUAGCCCGGCUUACUGAGUAUAUCGAAAAGGCUUAUGAAGUGGCCGUAAUGAUGGUAAAAUCAGGAUCUUUGAUAAUAACUGUGCAGUGCCUCACUCUGAAGAGUCUUGAAAGUCUGUGGAAUGAUAGCUGUUCUGGUUACCUUAAUGACAUCGUUGAAAGGUUCCUAGUGACUGAUGAACUCAAGAGAAAGCUCGGGAUGGGCAAUGUCAGGUUGAAGACAACUAUAGAAGAAGAAAACUACUUGAUUUGUAAGAAAUCUUUCUUUGAAAACUCAGGU